AUGGUGGGGGCAGGUGAUGCCCUGGCUGGAGUUCACGUGGAGUUUGGUGCCUGCAGCAUUGCUGCCUACGCAGAGGCCAUGCAGGUGCCCAACAUGCUGCCCCCCAUCCUGCUGGACGUCUCGCAGGGCUGGGAGACAUGGGGGGGCACCCCAAACCCCCUCGCCCUCCUCGUCAGCAUCAACAUGAUGCACAUUGCAGAGCUGCGGUGCACCGAG